CAUGGCUCCAAAAAUCUGGGAUCUUCUCUGGGAAUCUAAAUGCAUAAUAUAUACUCAACCUCGUCACUACCUCAUUCUCUCCCUUAUCUUCCUCCUACGUCUCUCUCUUUCUUCUCCCUAUUUUUCCAACUCAUUACCAAACAUUUUCUACAGCAACAACCCCCUGACAAGCCAUACCAACAUCAUCUCCUUGUCUACCCUUAUCUCUUCCAUAUUCACAAACAGUGCCUUUAUCUCCAUCACUUCAAGCGUCUACAUCUACUAUUUUAAUCAGCCCAUCAAACUCAAAGAAGUCAUCAAAUCCAUCUCCACUUCCUUCUUCCCGUUACUCGCCACCGACAUAGUCAUCUUCAUCAUAUUCUUCAUCAGCGUUUCUCUAAGUACACUUGUUGUUAUAGUUAUUUCGUUUCUCCUUGCUUAUCUAGGAGAUAAUGACCUCCAAGCUCACCCUUACUUGGCUGUGGUUUUAUCAAUGCUUGUUUUUCUCCCUCAUGUGACGUAUUUGAUGAUUAACUUGAGUUUGGUGAAAGUUAUAGUGCCCUUCCGUGUUGUAGUGGUGGUGGAAUCAGUUUGGGGUUUAGAACCAUUGAGAAGAAGUUGGAAAUUGGUGAAAGGAAUGAAGAUGUUGAUCUUCUCAAUCUUUUGCUUGUUUGAGUUCUUGCAAUGGAUGUUGGUGUCGAUAACUGGUUAUAGCUGGGUACUGAUUUUAGCGAUUUCUCCAAUACGUGCUAUGCUUUCGCUUUACGAUAUCGUAGUUUUUACGGUGUUGUAUAUAUACUGCAAAGAGAAACGCGGGGAGCUUGGAGAUGGAGAAUUUGGAAAGGGAAAGGACGGAGCUAGCUUAGCUUGUCUCUAA